UGUACUUAUAGGACGUGUUUUAUAACAAUUAUCAUGAUAAGAAAUAACAAAUAUGUUUAUUCCAAAGAGGUCAUAGAUGUGCCUAGUCAUUUGCAUGCUGGGAGGUUUUUUAUAGACUCCUUACAUAAAUAUGGAGAUAAAGUAGCGUUGACAAACGGAGAAACACACAAAAGCAUAACCUACAAUGGCAUAGUGUGCGACGCUAUGAGUGUUGCCAUCUCGCUCACUCGCAUGGGAGUGAAGAGAGGGGAAACAGUGGGGGUGUGUAUGGAAACAAGGGUUGAAUAUUGGCCAAUCGUUAUUGGAGUUAGCUGUACGGGGGCUGUUAUAAAUCCUUUUAAUAUUGGGUAUACUGCAGAUGAGCUGAACCACGUGCUAAACAUAACGAAACCAAAAUACCUUAUAAUUUCCGAAACGGCAUUUAAACUACAUUCAAAAACUUUCUCCACACUACCAUUUAUAGAGAAAACUAUAACCAUUGGUGCAGGCAAAAUAACAUAUGACGAUCUGCUGAAGAAUAAAAUUAAUUAUGCCGAUUUCGAUGUGGUUGAUGUUGAUGGCAAAAAUGAUACUUUGUUUGUGUUAUUUUCUUCUGGGACCACGGGUCUUCCGAAAGGCGUAAUGCAGACACAUUUGAACGUCAUUUCUAUUUGUAGUUUAAAAAACGCGCUAAACACAGAUGAUAGGACCCUCUUCAUAACACCCUGGUAUCAUACAAUGGGUCUUUUGGGUGUACUAAGGUAUCUUCAAACGGGCUGUGACAUGGUUUAUCUUCCGAAGUAUGAAACUAACUUGUACUUGCAGACUAUUGAAAGGUACAAGAUCAAGCAAUUAUUAUUAGCACCUCCUGUAUUAGUAGCGACGGCAAAAUCAAAGGCAAACUAUGAUGUUAGUUCUGUGACUUUUAUAUAUUCCGGGGCUGCGCCUCUUCGUAAGGACACCAAUGAGGAGGCUAAGAAAAAAUUUUUCAACGCAAAAGCAGUAACCCAAGGCUAUGGCAUGACGGAGACGACCCUUGCCAUCAUCAGGGAUACAUAUGAGUUGGCACAUUUGGCCAAACCGGGGGGUGUUGGUUUUGUUGUUAGCGGGUGUGUUGUUAAGGUUGUCGACAUAGAAACAGGAAAGCCACUAGGUCCCAAUGAACCUGGGGAAAUAAGGGUCAAAGGUCCGAGUGUGAUGAAGGGUUACAUUGGCAAGGAUAUCAGUGAAGACUUUGAUGAUGAAGGCUUUUAUAAAACUGGUGAUAUAGGAUACUAUGAUGAUGAUGAAUAUUUCUUUAUAGUUGAUAGAUUGAAGGAACUUAUCAAGUAUAAGGGGUUUCAAGUACCACCAGCAGAAAUAGAAGCAGUGUUACUCCAACACCCAGCGAUAUUAGACGCAGGUGUAGCGGGUGUAUCGCACCCGGCGGGCGAGUUGCCGCGAGCGUUUGUGGUCCGACAGCCCGGGGCGAGGGUUAGUGAAGAUGAUAUACACGCGUUUAUCGCUGAAAAGUUAUCCGAUCCAAAACACUUGCGUGGUGGAAUCCGCUUCGUCAACGAAAUACCAAAGAACCCCAGCGGCAAGAUAUUGAGAAGAAAGUUAAAAGAAAUGGUGUUAGAGAAAAGUAAACUAUAGUAUUAAAUGUUUAUUACAA